UUAAAAUAUAAUUUGUAUAAUUUAAAACUUAACAAUAGACGACAUAUCUCUUUUCGUGGCCUCCCAUCACCAGCGUUAUCGAUAACGACACCCCACCCUCGUCUUCUUUUGCCGUUUAUCGACAGGCUAGGAAAGUCUGCGUGCCGGUGCAAAAUUAAUUAUUAAAAUAACGCAUUGUACUGGCAAAUUGACAAACCAGCACAUCCAGCCCCUCGCCGCCCCGAAAUUCCCAGCUGAGGCGAGCGCGAUCCGCAUUCCCAUUUGUCUGCCGCAUGUGCUGGCAGCGACACAGCGCACAGCUCCUCCUCAAGCGAUUUCGAUUCCCAUUCCGGACGAAACGCGGACGAAUCCCGAGUCGGAGCCCCAUUACUCAAUUAACCGCCGGCGGACGGACAAUCGCACACGGGCCGUGGAAGAUGGCGGAUCAUCAGGUCAAGUAUCUGGACACGCCGGACAAGUCGGAGACGGACAAGAAGCUGUACAAGACGCUGCUCUUGGGCAAUGGCCUGCAUGCCCUUAUUGUCUCCGAUCCCAGCCCCAUGCCGCACGAUGGCUUCACCACCUCCGAAUCCUCCUCGGAAAAGUCCUGCGAAUGGGAGUCGACCAGCAGUUCGGUGACCAGCAGCAGCGAUUCAAGUUCAUCCAGCUCCGCGAAUAGCGGCAGCAGCGUGGAAUCGGGUAGCGAGGAGGGUGACGAAAAGCUGGCCGCCUGCGCCCUGAUGAUCGACUACGGAUCAUUUGCGGAGCCCACGAAAUACCAGGGAUUGGCGCACUUUCUCGAGCACAUGAUCUUCAUGGGCUCCGAGAAGUACCCGGAGGAGAACAUCUUCGAUGCGCACAUCAAGAAGUGCGGCGGCUUCAGCAAUGCCAACACGGACUGCGAGGAGACGCUCUUCUACUUCGAGGUGGCCGAAAAGCAUCUGGACUCCAGCCUGGACUACUUUACGGCGCUGAUGAAGGCUCCGCUGAUGAAGCAGGAGGCCAUGCAGCGGGAACGCAGCGCCGUCGACUCGGAGUUCCAGCAGAUCCUGCAGGAUGAUGAGACGAGGCGGGACCAGUUGCUGGCCAGCUUGGCCACCGAAGGUUUCCCCCACGGCACCUUCGCCUGGGGCAACAUGAAGUCGCUGAAGGAGAACGUGGAUGAUGCGGAACUGCACAAGGUGCUGCACGAGAUCCGCAAAGAGCACUAUGGCGCCAAUCGGAUGUAUGUGUGCCUGCAGGCUCGUUUGCCCAUCGAAGAGCUCGAAUCGCUGGUGGUGCGCCAUUUCGCGGAGAUUCCACACAAUGAGGUGCAGGCUCCGGAUUUGAGCAAGUUCAACUACAGGGACGCCUUCAAGGCGGAGUUUCACGAGCAGGUGUUCUUCGUGAAGCCCGUGGAGAACGAGUGCAAGCUGGAGCUGACCUGGGUGCUGCCCAAUGUGCGGCAGUAUUACCGCAGCAAGCCCGAUCAGUUCCUCUCGUAUCUGCUGGGCUACGAGGGGCGUGGCAGCCUGUGCGCCUACCUGAGACGCCGCCUGUGGGCUCUGCAUCUCAUUGCCGGCAUCGAGGAGAACGGCUUUGACACUAACUCCAUGUAUGCUCUGUUCAACGUAUGCAUUUAUCUCACGGACGAGGGUUUCAAGAAUCUGGACGAAGUUUUGGCCGCCACCUUUGCCUACGUAAAGCUCUUCUCGAACUGCGGUUCCAUGAAGGAGGUCUACGAGGAGCAGCAGCGCAUCGAGGAGACGGGAUUCCGGUUCCAGGCACAGCGACCUGCUUUCGAUAAUGUCCAGGAGCUGGUGCUGAACUCCAAAUACUUCCCACCGAAGGACAUUCUGACCGGGAAGGAGCUAUACUACGAGUACAAUGAGGAGCAUCUCAAAGAGCUGAUCGGCCACCUCAACGAGAUGAAAUUCAACCUGAUGGUCACCUCGCGCAACAAGUACGAGGGCGUGUGUGCCUACGAUCAGACGGAGGAAUGGUUCGGCACGGAGUACGCCACCAUUCCGAUGCCUGAGAAGUGGCGCAAGCUGUGGCAGGACUCGAAGCCACUGCCCGAACUGUUUCUGCCCGAGCCAAAUAAAUUUGUCACUGAGGAUUUCACACUGUUCUGGCAUUCGUCUGGCAAACCGGAAGUGCCCGCUGCACCCAAGAAGCUGCUCAAGACGGACACUUGCGAGCUGUGGUUCCGCCAGGACGAUAAGUUCGACUUGCCCGAGGCCCACAUGGCUUUCUAUUUCAUCUCGCCACUGCAGCGACAAAGUGCCAAGAACGAUGCCAUGUGCACACUGUACGAGGAGCUGGUGAAGUUCCAUGUGUGCGAGGAACUGUAUCCGGCCAUCAGUGCCGGCCUUUCGUACACCUUCAAUGCCAUGGAGAAGGGGCUGCUGCUCAAGGUGAGCGGCUACAAUGAGAAGCUCCAUUUGAUCGUGGAGGCCAUUGCUGAGGGCAUGCUCCAUGUGGCGGAGACCCUUGAUGAGAAUACGCUGGCUGCCUUCCGGAAGAACCAACGUAAGACCUACUUCAAUACGCUGAUCAAACCAAAGGCACUCAACAGGGACGUUCGCCUGUGUGUGCUGGAGCAAAUCCGCUGGCUGAUGAUUGACAAGUACAAGUGCCUCAACGAUAUUACUUUGGAGGAUCUGCGCGAGUUCGCCCGCCAGUUCCCGAAGCAGCUAUACAUCCAGUCCCUCAUCCAGGGCAACUACACGGAGGAAUCCGCCCACAAUGUACUGAACUCGGUGCUGAGUCGCCUUAAUUGCCAGGCGAUCAAGGAGCAGCGCUACGUGCAGGAUAGGACCAUACAAUUGCCGCUGGGUACCAAUGUGAUCCGAUGCCAUGCCCUCAACGAGCAGGAUACAAACACGGUGAUCACGAACUUCUAUCAGAUCGGACCCAACACCGUUCGCGUUGAGAGCAUCCUCGAUCUGAUGAUGAUGUUCGUGGACGAGCCGUUGUUCGACCAACUGAGGACCAAGGAGCAGCUAGGCUAUCAUGUGGGCGCCACUGUACGGAUCAACUACGGCAUUGCCGGCUACUCCAUUAUGGUCAACUCACAGGAGACAAAGACGACGGCCAACUAUGUGGAGGGUCGCAUCGAGGUGUUCCGCGCCAAAAUGCUACAAAUUCUGCGCGACUUGCCGCCGGACGACUACGAUCACACGCGUGACUCGUUGAUAAAGCUGAAACUGGUGGCCGACAUGGCACUCAGCUCGGAAAUGUCACGCAAUUGGGACGAGAUCAUCAACGAGGAUUACCUCUUCGAUCGUCGACGUCGCCAAAUCGAAGUGUUGCGCACGCUUCAAAAGUCGGAGAUCAUUGAUUUCCUAUUGGACAUUGAUACCAACAACCUGAGGAAGUUGUCCGUACAGGUGAUUGGCCAUCGGCCGGCCGAUAUGCCGGAACCUUUGCCCGGUUCUCACCUCGAUUGUGAUGGCGAGGAGAAAGCUGGAGACUCCAACGAAGCUGAGGAUGGCAGUGAAACUGAAAAGGACGACCAAGAUGAUGGGGAUGAGGAGGACUCAUCCGAUGAGGAGGGCGACGACGAGGAUCUGUUUGUGGCCCUCGAGAACAAGCUGAAUGUGGUCUUCUUGCCCGAACUUGGAAAUGAGAACACCAUUCUCGAUAUUAACGAGUUCAAGAAGGGCCUCGAAGUCUAUCUCCACAACAAGAGCCAACAGGAGACGGAGGAGGAGGAGGAUCAGACGCGUGCUGCCCGCAUUGAGGAUGCCCUGGGCAAGACGUGAGAUACCCGAGCUCCAGCCUACCCACCCACCCAACCACCUCUACUCCAUUUACCUCACCACUACCCCCCCCCUUUCAAUUCGAUUAACUAGCCAAAGGUUUAGCAGAUUAGUUUCACAGAAUGCAAGCUAUUUCACAGUAACCACCUGACCAAGUCAGCAAAUUUGCUCUUAUAUUUUAAUACGUGGCUUCAUUAAUAGUUUCAACUUUUACACACACACACACACACACACACACACUCACACACACACACACACGCAACCAGCAGCAAGUGACAAAUGCAUUUUGGAGUAUUGAAACACCACAUAUAUAUGAUCGAUCGCACUGUCUGUCUUUCGUACUGAUUUAAUACAGAAAUAAAAAUCAAAAUUUAAAGUAA